CAAAGCUGUAUCUCGAAGAAGCUAAACCAGAGAGAGAGAAAGAGAGAGAGAGCUCAUCACAAAAGUGUGAUGAAGAAGAUGCUGAAACUCAGCAAUGGAGUCUCAGUCCAAAUGACACUGUCACUUUCUCUCUCUACAAUCCUCCUCCUCAUGAUGUGUGGCGGCGUUCGAGCUUGGACUGGUGAAAUCCAUGGCAGAGUCGUUUGUGACGUCUGUGGGGACUCUUCUAUUGGCCCUGAAGAUCACGCUUUAGAAGGUGCUGAGGUGGCUGUUCUUUGCAUAACAAAAUCUGGCGAAGUUCUAAAUUAUCAGGCAUUCACAAACUCUAAAGGGAUCUACACAGUGGCGGAGACGAUGCCAGAAAGUGACCGUUGGGAUGCAUGCCUGGCAAGACCUAUCAGCAGCUUCCACGAACACUGCGUUCAUCUGGGAGACGGCAAUUCCGGUGUGAAGUUUGGUUACAAUCACCCAUCGGGUUAUUCUCACACCGUUCGACCUUUUGUCUAUCAGCCAGCCGAUGUUCCAACUUACUGUCUUUAAAUGUUAUGCCUUUGCUAUAUAGUACUUAUAUCUGAAACAUGUGUGAAGAUGAAAUACAAAUUAGGUCAUAUUUAUUGUAAGUUUGUGCUUGUUUGGCUACCAACAAAAUGUCUUUGUACAUAUUUUGGCUUGACCUAUAGGUCUGUGCUAUGACUUCAUAGUUUCAUUGUCAAAAUUUGCAAACCUAUACUUAGUGGAGACUAGUUUAUGAAGAAUAAAUGGCUAUGAUUGUUGCAAGUUCAA